UCAACUAGAGUAAAACCAAUGAAUGAGCAUGUAAUGUCGAAAUUGAAGGAAAGCCACUUUUACGUCCAGUGCAUCUGUUUUAGCUGAAAGUGUUUAGACGCGGGACUUUAGUUUUGUAGGCGGUCAUUCCUGCUACGCUGAAGAGAUUUAGUGUCUGUCUUCGCGAAGCUGGACUGUGUGUGGCUGGGCAGCUUAUAUCGCUUCUGUAUUCUGCAGUGCUUGCGGUUUUCUUUCAUCGAAUGCCGUUUCAUUUUUAGAAGUUUUUUUGGUAACGAACUGGAAAACAGCGAUUAAAGGGCCUGACUCCGAAAUGAGAUCCUGAUCCGUGUGAAAGUUUCAGCUGCGUGUCGUUAAUGUAGCGCGAGACAAACGAGCUCAGUCGCUUUAGUUUAGAACGUCGCGCCCGCAGUUAAAGUCUUACUAUGAAUUUAUAUGUGCUUCGAAAAAGCUUUUUCAACCACUGUCUGAAAAUCUCCAAGAAAAAUGAAGGAGGGCAGUGGCUGCAAAUGUGCAGAUCCAAAACAUCUGCACCAAAAAACUUCUGCGAUUAUGAGCGCAUGAGACGGACUUACAACAUACGAGUUCCUCAGCGGUUUAAUUUCGCCAAGGACGUGCUGGAGCAGUGGGAGACCAAAGACAAGAACGGACAGAGGUCGUCUCUUCCAGCUCUGUGGUGGGUGAAUGACGGCGGGGAGGAGGUCCGAUAGUUGGGCUUCCACUCCAGAAGACUUGCAAAUGUUCUGCAUCAGGAGUGCAGUUUGGAGAGCGGGGAUCGUGUGUUCCUCAUCUUACCCAGAGUCCCUGAGUGGUGGCUGGUUAAUGUGGCAUGUCUCCGAACAGGUACGGUUCUGAUCCCUGGCACGUCUCAGCUCACUGCUCGAGAUAUCUGCCACCGGCUGCAGAUGUCUGGGGCCAAGUGUGUGAUCACAGAUGAAACUUUGGCUCCACUGUUGGACACUGUAGCCUCAGACUGCCCUUCCAUCUCCACCAAGCUUCUGCUGUCCCACAGGGCCAUGCACGGCUGGGGCAACCUGACUGAACUCAUGGGAAAAGUAUCAGAUGAUCAUGUUUGCAUGGACACCAGGAGUGAGGAGGCCAUGACUAUCUUCUUCACCAGUGGCACAACCGGCUCUCCAAAAAUGACCCAACACAGCCACUGUAGUUACGGUCUGGGGCUCACGGUGAACGGCAGGUACUGGCUGGAUCUGACCGAGCAGGAUGUGUUUUGGAACACGUCGGACACAGGUUGGGCCAAGUCUGCAUGGAGCAGUGUGUUUGCACCAUGGAUCCAGGGAGCGUGUAUGUUUGUUCACCACAUGCCACGUUUUGAUACAAGUACAGUCCUCAAGACUCUGAGCAGCUAUCCCAUCACCACCUUCUGCACGGCACCAACAGCCUAUCGAAUGCUCGUACAGGACGACAUAUCCAGGUUUACGUUCAGGGCUCUUGAGCACUGUCUGUGUGCAGGAGAGCCCAUUAACCCAGAGGUGAUGUGGAAAUGGAAAGAACUCACUGGACUGGACAUCUAUGAGGGAUACGGACAGACUGAGACUGUUUUAAUAGCAGGCACAUUCAAAGGCAUGAAGAUCAAACCAGGAUCUUUUGGAAAGGCAUCACCAGGAUAUGAUGUUCAGGUGGUGGAUGAAGAUGGUUCUGUUGUGCCACAAGGCCAAGAGGGAGACCUCGGCAUCAGAGUCAAACCAGACAGGCCCUUUCUUUUUACUGAGUAUACAGGGGAGCCAGAGCGCACUGCAGAAUGUUUCCGAGGCGAUUUCUACCUGACGGGUGACAGGGGAAUGAUGGACGACGAAGGAUACCUGUGGUUCAUCGGCAGAGCUGACGAUGUCAUCCUGUCCGCAGGGUACCGCAUUGGUCCAUUUGAGGUGGAAAACGCUUUGAUAGAGCAUCCAGCCAUAGCAGAAUCUGCUGUGGUCAGCAGCCCUGAUCCAGUUCGAGGAGAGGUGGUGAAGGCUUUUGUUGUGCUGACAGCAGAUUAUAAAUCAAGAGACCAUAAGGAACUGAUCCAGGAACUGCAAACACAUGUGAAGACUGUGACGGCUCCUUAUAAAUAUCCACGCAAGAUUGAGUUUGUGGAUCAUCUUCCCAAGACAGUAAGCGGGAAAAUCAGGCGAGUGGAGUUAAAAAAGAAGGAAUGGGGACAGCAAACAAGCAAAUAAAUCUGGAAAUGAGAACUAAUUUCUGGACAAAUCACAUUCCACCUUUUUAUAUACAAUGUUCCUAGAUGUCUUCCCACUUUAAUGCACCACGUUUAAGGAUCUACCCACCCGUAGUCCUUCAGCUCACCUGCAGGUGGAGGCAUUUCAUAACAAUCAGAACUCGUUUCUAAUUUCAUGCAUCAAACAUUUUAUAUGAUUCUACCUCAUGUUUAAGUGGAGUAACUCAAUUUAUAAGCCUUGCAGUUCAAAUGUGUUUUAUUCUUU